AGAGGAGCAACGGGCAGCGCGCGAAUUUCGUGAGCGAUCCGCUUCGCAGCUGAUAUGAACCUGUCUUGUUUUGAAAGUUAUACCGGAAGUAGUACAGGGUACAAGCGAGGAGCUUUACGUCUCGCGCUGCUCAGUCCGGUUAUCGUAGAGAUGGGAGCCGCUUCUGUCCUCUCCAGCAUCAUCCCGUCUGGAGUGUGAGGGUCAAGAGAUGGACCAUUAGCUCAGCCCUGCAGCAAACUGAACGUGCAUUCUGAAGCAGAGAUGAAGGACCUGAUCUCAGCUGUGGGAUGAAGACAGAACCAGAGUCACUGAACAUGGCCUGCAUUCAGCAGCUGUCUGUGUCAAAGCUGGAGGCUGAAAGCCUUCUCCUGGAGGAUUACUGACAGCAAGGCACGCUGCCGGGUCCGGACACCUGUCGGUGAGCCUGUGAUGUCACCUCUAAUCAUGGGGAAGGAACAGGAUCUUCUGGUGGCGGUGAAGAACGGAGAUCUCCUGUUGGUUCACACACUUCUCACCAAAGUGAAGAGCAACAAAACGAAACUGCUGGGCUCCAACAAGAGACUAAAUAUCAACUACCAGGACUCAGACGGUGUCGCAGCGCUGCACCACGCUGCUCUGACAGGAACCACGGAGCUGCUGUCUCUGCUGCUGGAGACCCAGGCCACGGUGGACAUCAGAGACACUAAUGGAAUGCGUCCCCUCCAUUAUGCAGCAUGGCAGGGAAAAUCCGACUCCGCCUUAUUAUUACUGAGAGCUGGAGCUUCAGCCAACUCCCCUUCCUGUGACGGACAGAUCCCGUUGCAUUUGUCUGCGCAGUACGGACACUACGAGGUGUCUGAGAUGCUCCUCCAACACCAGUCCAAUCCUUGUCUCCUGAGCAAGUCCAAGAAGACUCCACUGGACCUUGCCUGUGAGUUUGGCAGAGUGAAGGUGUGUGAGCUGCUGCUGAACAGUAACAUGGUGACGGGGCUGUUAGAAGGAGGGAGGAAGGACAGCCAGGACUCGACCACCCCCCUCCAUCUGGCAGCCAGAAAUGGACACAAAGACAUCAUCAAAUUGCUGCUGAAGGCUGGGGUCGACAUCAACAAAGCCACUAAAGAAGGGACAGCCCUCCACGAAGCCGCCCUCUAUGGGAAGACCGAAGUAGUGCAGCUGCUGCUCGAUGUGGGGAUCAAUGUGAACAUGCGUAACACGUUCAACCAAACAGCUCUGGAUAUUGUAAACCAGUUCACCACCACCACAGCUAGCAGGGAGAUCAAAGAGCUGCUCAGAGAAGCAUCAGGUUCUGUCCAGGUUAGAGCGCUGAAGAACUACUGGAACCUCCAUGACCCUACUGCUCUCAGCAUGCAGGCUGGAGAUCUUGUCUUGGUCCUGGAGCAGCACGCCCAUGGACAGUGGAAAGGCCGCAUCCGUGACCCACAGCAAGGCACAGAUCGAGUGGGCUUCUUCCCCCCUGCAGUGGUGGAGGUCCUCAGCAGAAAAGGGGCCCUUCUUUCCUGCCAAGCCUCCAUGCCUCCACAGCAGCAGCCUUUCAUAUCCAGAGCUCCUCCCCUUCAAACCAAUGGCUCUUCCAUCCUCGGCUAUGAUCCUGCAGGGGACAGGAGCAGUGUGAGCAGUGCUGACAGCAGUCGCAGUGCCGGCAGCGGUCAGAGCUCCGAGAGCGGGCACAAACAGGAUGGAAGCCACAGCCGACACAAGCUGGAGCCCUCUGCUGGUGAAACUGGAGAAAACAUCAUCAGAGACCAGAGCAAGCAUGAAGGUGGUUCUCAUCAGCAGGUCAACAGCUCACAUCUGAAGGGUUUUUUCACACCUGAACACCUUCAGGAGGGGAAGGACUGCGAGACCAUCUACCAGUGGCUGUGUGAAUUCCAGCUGGAGCAGUACACAUCCAACUUCAUAAGAGCAGGAUACGACAUGCCCACCAUUAGCAAGAUGACCCCAGAGGACCUAGCAGCCAUCGGUGUGACCAAACCAGGUCACAGGAAGAAGAUCUCCAUUGAAAUUAGCAAAAUGAAGAUGCCUGAGUGGCUGCCGGACCACACUCCUCUGGACCUGGGCGAAUGGCUCAGUAUGAUCGGCCUGCCGCAGUACCACAAGAGACUGUGUGAAAACGGCUACGAUUCCAUCUCCAUCGUGAAGGACAUCACCUGGGAGGACCUGCAGGAGAUAGGAAUCACCAGACUGGGCCAUCAGAAGAAGCUAAUGCUAGAAGUGAAGCGCCUGUCUGACCUGCAUCGCUGUCAGACUCCUGCAGGCAGAACGCUCAGACAAAUGCCCGCCUCUGCUCUGGAGGUGGUGGCCACUGAGCAGACGCCGGCACACCCCGUUCACCCCAGCCUGCACCCUGUGGCUCAGUCCGCCAGCUGCUGCACCUCCUCACACAAGCACAGGACACUCCUCUCCUUUCAGGACAGUGAGCUCAGUGCUGAGCUGCAGAGUGCUAUGAUUAGCAAGGUGGGGGGAGGAGCUUCUGAGGAGAGUCGGGGCAGCAAUAGGGGGGAGGGGGUCAAACGUGGAAGUCCUGGAGGCAGGAGUAAGCAGAAUCCCAAAGAGCUGAGGAGCCACCAGAGUUGGUGUGCAACACCCACACACACCUGUGGAACACCUCAGCUGACCCCCACAGGGUUGCCCUGUUUUGCACACCCAGCAGUCCCACCCACGUCCACGCACCUUAAGUCCCCGAACCAUUUCCUUCAGCCUCAGCAGCAGUCCAAGCACCAGCCUCCCUCCUGCUCGUUGCCUCAGGCCCCACAGACGGUCUCUCCCCUUAGGGCUCCGGUUGGAGGUGUUCAUGGGGCCUCGGGGCUGCUCUCCAAGCCCCUUUCUGGAGCUGUUCCUGUGCUGAGACACCCAGCUGUAGACUCCCACGUGGCGUCUCAGAAGAAACGCAGCCAAAGUUUGACCCGAUGUGUUCCAUUCAGCAGGGAGGCUGACGAGUUCAAGGCUGUAGAUGCCUCCUCUUCUUCUGCAGCCAUGUCGCCCUACGCCACCCUCUCUUGGCGGCCAGAUCACACGUCAGGGACACAACAUCAACUCAACCGCAGCCACUCCUUUGCUGUGCGCUCCCGACACAAAGGUCCACCCCCCACACCACCUAAGAGAAUGAGCUCAGUCAGUGGGAGCCCAGCACAGCAGCAGGAAGGGGCGGAGCCACAGGCGAUGGGUGGGGUCGAGACGGAGACGGCAGGUAGUGUGAGGAGCAUAGCAGCCAGGUUAGAAGUUGGCAGCAGCAGCAGCAGUCCCUCCAGAAGAAUCGACAUCCCACCAGCCUACAUCCAUCCUGUUCUCAGCCGUGUUUCCUCCCCACACACUCACGGGUUUCCCUCCCACAUCGUUCUGCAGCAUUCCAAACCCGUCCCUGUUCUGGGUUUGGGCGGCCUAAGGAGAGUAGGAAGUGAGAGGGCAGAGGGAGAUACUCAUGGACACAGAGGUGGACGGUCAGUGGAAAGAGCUCAGGAGAAGCCCAAAAGAAGAAGGAAUGAAAACCAAAGCAAGUGUGCUGCAGCGUCACCAGAGGUCACUCCAGAGGAGGACCUGCCGUUUGCUGAAGAGGGAAAUCUCACCAUCAAGCAGCGACCCAGAACAGCUGCUUGUACCCAGCUGGACCAGUUCAAUAAGACUCCAUCUGAAAGUCCGGUUCAGACUCCAAACAGCCUGGAGCUUCAAGACUUCAUGCUGAAGGAGUCUGACACUGUAAAACGAAGGCAGAACCGCGAUGGCAAAGAUUUUCCCUUACCUGAAAAGACUACCGUCACUAGCAAGAAUGAGAGGCGUCUGGCAGGAGGCAGCCUUCUCACACAGAACUGUGUCAGCGUCACGAAUACUGGGAAGGCUCAAGAAAACGUCUUCCAGAGAAGUGGUUCAGUGGGGAAAAGCCCGAAACCUGCCGAAACCUCGAAGUCUUCCAGACCACCCAAACAACCCCCUAACAGCACACCAGGGAGCCUUCAAAAACACGUUUCCUCUGCAGCUACAGCAGAAACCGCCGAUGAAAACCGGACCAGUGUGCAGAUUCAAACCGUCUCAUCAGUGCUGAGCAGCAGCAGCCCCUUCCAGAUGAGCAUGCUGUGUCCCAACGCUGCCAAGCACCAGCAGACUGGCAUGUCCCAGAGCGCUUCUGAUGGGCCUCAUCCCAGUACGCCCUUCACCUCACCAUCAGGGAAACCAGCCCAAACUGGUAUGGUGGUUCUGGAGGUCUUGGCUCAGAAGAGACUGGAGCAAACAAGUUCAUCUCUGGAGGCUGCUCUCAAGGAGGCGGAAGACAAGCUGUCACAAGGAAAUCACGUUGACAGCAUUCCAGGCCCAUCAAAAGCAGCCGGGAAUAUUCUGGAUGACAUUGGGAACAUGUUUGAUGAGCUGGCUGACCAGCUGGACGCCAUGUUGGACUGAUGGCAUGCUCCAGGUAGACCCAGAGGAAGAGGUGGUUGGCGAGAACCAAGGUGGAAACUCCGGCUGCCGAAAGUGAAUCCAAUGCUGAAGUGACAAAAAUUUCAGUUCCUCCCUCAUCCACUAGGGGCAGGUUCCAAAACAGAGCAAGUUCCCAUUGACUCCCAUGUUUAAAAAUGCGAACUUCGCAGCAGAAAUAAACAUGUUUACAGCCUAGUACAAAAAAUCAUUUAGGUUUAAUAGUUCAAGUUUAACAUCAUGGCAACUCUGAGGGGGUGCCGCUGAGCUAGAAAAUAUGAAUAAUUAGAGGCGUGUCUGUUUGACUGACAGGCGGUUUAUUUUAGGGGUUGCAUGACUUAAUUUUUUUUAAAGUCGACAGUCAAGUAGUGAAAAUCGAGUCGACUUCGACUAGUCGUUGAUGAUGUCAUACACCUGGAGCAGCGGCGAGGGGGUCAGUUGGUUCGCUGGAGUUUUUGGCAAUUAAAAUUAAAAUUAACAUUUUCAAAGUUAAACACAUUUCUUUUAACAACGGUAGUUUCUGCUUCAGCCCUCUCCCCCCUCCCCCUGCGCCGCGGCCGCAAACUCACUGAUGCGCCUGCAGCCUCUCAGAGUUCCUGCUGCUCUAAACAUUAAAAUAAUUAUUUCAUUUUCUGUUCCUCACUUCUGAUUACCUUCAAUGGUGUCUGUUUGUUGCAACCAGCAGGUACAAAAACUAACUUGUUUUUAUUUGACUAUUUUUCUGUCCUGCCUGUUUAUUAUCUUCCUGCAUCUCCUCUCAAUCCUAAAGAGAAACUGCUACCUGGGUUCAUAUAUAUUCACCUCAUGAGUUACCUUUGAACUGCAGUUCUAAAAGAUCUACCGACCGCAAAAACAGCGGAGUGUGCGCUACGCGCCGGCCACAGUGCAUCACCGGAGGACAAAACAGGUGAUGCGCCCCGCUCCACAGCAGCGACAUGCAUCAGGCACAAAUAAAAGACAGAAAACAUAAAAGGAAAUGAGCCGACAUGAACGAUCGCGUGUUAAAUUAGUUUUUGAGGUGGCGACACCUGAUUUGAUAACGUUACUGUGGCCGUGCUCAGGACGUAGAUGUCUGGAGUGCGUCAACAAUCAGAGCUUUGCAUGCACACGCUGGUUAAGGUUAGGAUGGGGGUGAGGGGAAGGUUACAUUGCAAGAGGGUAAAGGGUUAAAUGAUUCGUUAAAUGUUCGUUUUACGGCGGGUGUCGGUACCGACGCUCUGGCACAGCGCGUUGCCUCCCGACGCGUAGGGGCUCGUCAC